AGUGGUGUUUUGCAGAAAUUAUCAGUUGCAUUUCGCUCUCCACUGUUAACAGUAUCAAAAUGAAAAUAUUUAUUUGUGUGUUGUCGGCAGUGUCCCUUGCAAGCGCAGGACACUUGAGUGGUGGAUACGGUGGCGGUCUUGGUGGUGGCCUCGGUGGUGGAUAUGGUGGUGGAUACGGUGGCGGCCUUGGAGGUGGACAUGGCGGAUGGUCCGGAGGACUCGGAGGUCUCGGUGGCGGCCUUGGAGGUGGACAUGGCGGAUGGUCCGGAGGACUCGGCGGUCUCGGUGGGGGCCUUGGAGGUGGACAUGGCGGAUGGGCCGGAGGAUCAGGAGGUCUCGGUGGCGGCCUUGGUGGUGGACAUGGUGGAUGGGCCGGAGGAUCAGGUGGUCUCGGAGGUGGCCUUGGGGGCGGAUGGGCCGGUGGUCUUGGUGGCGGCUAUGGCAAAUCAUUAGGAGGAUAUGGAGGUGGAUACGGAGGUGGAUACGGAGGUGGAUACGGAGGUGGAUACGGAGGCGGAUACGGUGGUGGAUAUGGCGGUGCAACUAAGAUCAUCAAAGUAAUAUCAGUUGGACAUGGAGGCGGCCUCGGUGGUGGAUAUGGAGGUGGACUCGGUGGUGGAUACGGAGGAGGACUUGGUGGUGGAUACGGUGGCAAACUCGGAGGCGGCUAUGGCGGAGGAUAUGGUGGCGGCUAUGGCGGUGGUUAUGGCGGUGGUUACGGAGGUGGCCUCAAGUCAGGAUGGUGGAAAAAGUAAAUCCGUUGUUUGUUAUAAAUUUCCCAUUAUGUCUUCUAUUGAAUAAAAUUUUGUAGAUACUUUUUGUA